UCCUGCAGUGGCGGAUGGGCUCGGAGCUCCUGGAGCGCAGACAUGUGAGGAGCACGUAGUGAAAAAGAAAAAGCUGUUGGAAAAACAAAAGAGCUCUCCCAACAACAAAUCCCUCUGUAGCUUUGAGACUCAAAACGGAUUAUAAAGCGCAUUACCGGCUCGAAGCGAUUCAGGACCAACUUUGCUACUGUUUUUUUUUAAUUUUUAUUUUGGUGCAGAUCUUCAGUCACCACCUGGCAGCCUUCUCAACAUCUUCAGGCUUUGAAUAUAAAAGGAUCCGCACACGAUUGGAUUGCAUCCCUGUAACAGACUAAAGGGGUGAGGAAGAAGAGAGAGACAGUGAGGAGGGGGGAGGUCUGCAUGAUGUUUGCCUUCCUUGAAGGUGAGAUUAUCUAUUAACAGCUUGUGGCGGAAAAUCAGGUUCAGACAGCCACUCUCUGGAGGAAUGAUUGUACAUAGCAUAAGGGCUGCACUGGGACCAGUGCUGAACUGCAUGAUGACUCCAGCUAACUCAUCAGAUGUGGCAUAAGAUGGGGGACCAUGAUUCACAUUUGUCUAGAAAUGUUUUUAUCCACACAUAACAGAGGAACCUGCAGACCACAUAACUGAAACCUGAAAUUAUGUUUUUGGCAAGGAGUUCCUGUCUUUUUGGAUUCUGAUUUUUAGUGUUUUGCUUUCUUUUUUUUUUUUUUUUUUUUGUUGUCGAUGAAUGGAUUUUAAUGAGGACCAAGGGACACCAGUACAGUAAGCCCUACAGUCAAGAUAUUUGCAUACAUCUCUGCUACCUUUUGGCUGUGGCUUUUGUUUCCGCCUGGAGAACGGCAUGGAUCUGUCCCAGGACCACCUGUCAGACUGGAGCUCAGUGCAGCCCAGCUUCUCUCCGCUGCUGCAGUACGACGGCUCUCAGGAAAGACUCAACCACACCUACAGCUUCCACAGCUCUGUAAUGCUGUCCUCCACUUUCAGUUCCGCCACUGCCUCCCUCCAUCAACCUCUGCCUUCUCUGCUCCCCUCCUCCCUCAUUCCUUACUCAUCCCUCAUCUCCUCCCCUUUAUUCUCCACCACCUCAGCCUCAUCCUCAUCCUCUUAUCCUGUCUACCAACCCUCCUCCUUUCCUUUGUCCCUGUCCACCUUUCCUUUGAAAGACUUGGCCAACCUGGAGAACAUGCUGCUCUGGACUCUCCACGAGCCCAGCACAAUCGCUCUGACCAUCAUGUACUGUCUGUCUUUCAUUUUGGGAUUUAUUGGGAACUUAAUGUCCCUGCGCGUCCUCACCAACAGGCGGAGCCGGCGGCUAGCUGGUGUCAGCGCCACUCGCAGUCUGCUGGUGAACCUGGCGGUGUGUGACCUGGCUGUGGUGUGUGUGUGCAUGCCCAUCACCCUGGGAAGUCAGAUCUACACCGCCUGGGUGUACGGCGACCUCCUUUGUCGGGCGGUGCCCUUCACGCAGGCUGUUUCAGUCUCAGCCAGUGUGUUAACGCUGACUGUGAUCAGUGUGAAUCGCUACUACAGUGUUCGAUCACCACUGCGAGCUCGCUCCAUGUUUACCCGCCGUCGAAUCUUGGCGACUGUCGCCGUGGUGUGGACAGUGUCUUCGAUCAUGUGCGCUCCUAUUGCAGUGAUGAACCAGCGGCGGGAGAUCAGCUUUGAGACAUUUGCCAUCUUGGUCUGUGAGGAGAGGUGGCCUCAGCAUCGCCUUAAACAGGGAUAUAAUGUGCUGCUGUUUGUGAUGCUCUACUGCCUGCCAGUAACCUUUAACCUCACCAUAGGCUUCCUAACUGGCAGAAGGCUUUGGGGUGGAAAAAAAUCCACUUUCGCUGAUCUCGACCCUCGCAGCGAAGCUCUGCAUGCCUCGCGCCUAAAGACGCGCCAGAAGAUCGCCAAGAUGGUUGUGUGUCUUGUGCUGCUGUUUGCAGUGUCCUGGCUGCCACUCUACUUGGUUGACCUUUGGAUCGACUGCGAGCAAAGACCACCGUCUUGGCUCCUGCAGACACGGCCAUUUGCCCAGUGGCUGGGCCUGACAAACUCCAGCCUUAACCCCAUUUGUUACUGUUUCAUAGGGGAUCUGUACCGUUCAGCUAAAGUGAUACGGACGCGAUACUACCAGAAAGUCUCCGCUAUCUUCGGCUCCUCCUCAUUCUCCAGCUCAGCUGCCGUGAUGUCUCCUACUGCAGUGAUUACAGACACCAAAGUGACUGCUGCUGAGCGGCACCAUAUUUCUGCCACUGCUGUGGCAGCGUCUGCAUCCAUCGUUGCAAUCCCCAGGCUGUUGAGCUUGGCUAGAGGACAGGGACUUGGGCGGAAGGUCGGAGACAGUUCAGACAGCCAAGCAGGAUCCGACCACAGUAUCUCAGACUGGUGUCGGUCCAGUCCCAGUGUGUGUGACAGCUCCUUGUUCCCCUGCCAGCUCCACACACUCCAGCACUCUAUACAAACAGCAGACAUUCUGCCCACAAGAAGACACUCUGUGAUGGAGAACGUAGGAUCAUUACCUUUAAGAAUGGAGUCUGUGGACAUAGACGUGCUGCCUUUGAGGAGGCAUUCGGGGGACAGAAUAUAUGGUCUGUCAGCUGAUAAGAGAGACAUCAUUACCAUGGGCAGAGACGCUCUCUGUUACUCUGGGCAGCACAGAAGCAAAACAUCACAAACCUACUAUCUGGUAGGAGAUGGGCAGGAUGAAACAACCGAUAUGACCAGCCUGUGAAAGCUGCAGAUUAUCUGAAGAAUCAGCACGGAGAAUUUUUUCUUGUCUGUCCCACAGGCAGCAAAAACAAAAACAGCUGAUUCAGUUUGCGAUUGACACUGUGGGUUUAUCCCUUGCAAAAGCCAUUUUUUGUCUUGAGGAUAAACUGGAUUGGUUGACACACUCCUUCCUUCUCUGUAUAGUAUUCUCUCAGUAUCAUCAAAAGCACAGGGGAUUCAGGAUCAACGUUCACACCGAUGCGAUCAGGUUGUUGAAGGCAGAUGGAGGGAGCAGUGAUGGAGUGAAGCCUGCAGGGGAAGAUCUGGGGGUUGUGUAGCCACGGGCUAGAAAGCCAGUUAACAGCCAGAAGCACAGAUUAAAGCUGUGCACCAUUACAUGCAAGUCAUAUCAUAAGGGAUUUAGCUGCUAGUCACAGUCGUGUCUGCUUAAGUCAAUAACCCAGCAGGGCGCAUAUGUGCGAUUAGUUUUGUUUACUUUAUGUUAUUCUUGUUCUUUCUUAUUGCUUUGCUAAUGCAGGGACAUACUGUAUUAGAGCUUCUGACAGGUCUUUACAGGAUAAUGUCACCAUCAAUGUGUGGAGUCUGUGAAAAAUGUGUACCGUAGCAGCAGUUGUUCACUUGUGCAGUCAUGCAGUUGAUUUGCAGGGAAUAUG